AUGGAUCCUGUGUACCAAGGUGUUUGGAUAGACUGGAGCAAAGGACCGAUCAGCGGAGCGACAUUAACUCUUUCCGAACGUGGCGGGGGCUUACUCAUCUCCUUUGUUGCGGCUUUCGUCGCUGUUGUCGGAGCACAGCUCUGGCGAAUUAUCACUUUUCUAGCCCAUCAGAUCCGCAGCACUGACGAGCCUCGCGAUGGAUUGCACCACCAGCAACAAAACAUCCUGCGCAAUUCUUCCACACCUGGAGGGGCCGCCUGGAGCUUUCUCCUCGAGACGCGAUAUUGGAGUGGAAGAGCCAGAUACUCGCUCUUAAGAACAUUGCCCUGGACCGUCUUCGGUGUAACCUACUUGGUCUUAUUCGGGGUUUUGUCGACCUUCUCCUCCCAGAUUAGUAACGCCGUGGGCAGCGCCAGGCUGAUAUCCGGAGGAGACAACUGUGGGUUUUGGAUCCCUGGCGAGGACGCCGCAUCCGACGUGGCACUAUCAGCAUACCAUCAACGAAUGGCCAACGAGUCUAUAAUCGCAAGCACGUAUGCUCGCGCAUGCUAUGGACCGAACCCAGACCCGCUCUCUUGCGGCACAUAUCCUGUUCCAGCGCUCAGAUACGAGACUAAACGGAACACGACCUGCCCUUUUGCGUCUGGGAUGUGCCUCGGCGGUGAUACUGCCGCAUUCAAACUGACCACCGAACGGCUCGACUCGCACAAGCAGCUCGGCAUUAACACUCCUGGCGUCGGCUACACGGUGCUUAGUGUCGCGUCCUUGGCACCGCAUGGUGACGGUUCGCUUGGCUGGAUCCCGAUCAACGACCUUGCAGUCGAAAACGCGGACAUCGAUCUUGUAUUCAUUGCGCCCAACGCUAUACGAUUUCAGGCCCCUGUUGAUGACCCAGUCUUUGGCGCACAUUACGAGAUCCAGUUGUCUGGUGGAGGGACUUACUAUGAAGCAGACGAGUAUAAUGUUGCAAUCGCUUGUGCGAAUACGUACCGCGUCUGCGAUUCUAACCCCACCGGCAGAUGCACUGACAAAGUUGGCGUUACGCAGAUUUCCACCGCUGUUGCCCGCCAGCUCAACCUCAACAGCCGCCAACUGGCCACCGUCCAGCGUACUCAAAUGGCGCUUACAGUUAGCAACAUGCAUUCUCAAGUCAGUACAAGAUUGUCAGGAGCCUUACGAGCACCGGAAAGUGCCGACGGCCUCUUACAAUCACCCCUCCCGUCCAAUCAAUGGGAGCUCGAGGUCAGCGGCUGGUUUGAAGCUUCACUUGCACGCUUGCAGUAUCUUACGCAAGAGUAUGCCACUGGCCCAGCAUUUGUUCCUGAAGGAAGUCAAGUGUGGUCACCAGGUGACAACGAUCCUGACGCGCUAGCCAUGUGCCACUCGCAGAUGAUCAACGAUGCCCUUGGGACAACAUCGUUCUCUAUUUUGGGGCUGUCAAUCGUGUUUAGCAUUGGCGGCAUGAUCAUUCUAGUGUCGCUUGUGAUUGACACAGCCGUCGGGUGGGUGCAGACUCUACUCAGGAAAGGGUUGGCGAAGAAACAGGCAUGGAUCCAUGACGACAAAUUGCAGAUGCAGCGGGUCGUGUUCGAACGUACUGGGCUCGGGCUGUGGCAGAGCAUCAAUGGUUUUCCCGUGACCCGCAACAAUGAGCGUUUCAGAGCAUUUGAUCCCGAUCGUUCUCCCAGUGUCCCGCCGUUGAUGGCUUCUUCAGCAACUGCGCCUGGUUAUACUAUGGCUCAGCCUGGGAACAAUCGCGAUAGCGUGCCGAACAUCUUCGGGAACAAGGAUUCAGAUGUGUUCGUUAGGGAAAUGUCCAACCGAUAG